CGCCGAGAGUCACGUGAAAUCGCAGUAACGUGACUUUCCCAAACGGGAAGUGGUGGUCAAAUCACAUAAGUUUGCUCCAACGCGACGUCUCGCUCAACUGUUCACAAUCAUCGGUGAGGACGGACACAUUUAUGACUGAAGUGCUUGGAGACCGACGGAAUUGACUGAAAACAAAGGGGCAGCCAUGGGUGCCAUGUUUCGAAGCGAGGAGGUGUGUCUGGUGCAGCUCUUCCUCCAGUCUGGUUCAGCCUACAACUGUGUCAGCGAGUUGGGGGAGCUGGGCCUGGUCGAGUUCAGAGAUUUAAAUCCUAAUGUGAACGCCUUUCAGAGGAAAUUUGUUGGUGAGGUGAGACGAUGCGAGGAGCUUGAGAAAACAUUUUCAUUCCUGGAGCAGGAGAUCAAUCGAUCCAUAUCCCCUCCUUUGAACGGCCCCCUUCCCCCUCCUUGUCCGUCGCCUUCUGCCCCCCAGCCCCGUGAGCUCAUCACCAUCGAGGAGGAGAGCGAGAGGCUGGCCAGAGAGCUCCGAGAGGUGUCCAGGAACAGAGACAGUCUUCGCGCUCAGCUGACCCAGCUGUGCCAGUACAGAGGAGUGCUGACCAGAACGCACUCUCUUACAGCCUCGCAGGCACCCCCAUCUAUCCUGGAAAACCAAAGUCUGUUUGACAACCAUCGUGAUGUACGCCUGAGUUUUGUAGCGGGAGUGGUCCAUCCCUGGAGGGUGCCCUCAUUUGAGCGGCUGCUGUGGCGAGCGUGCCGUGGUUACAUCAUUGUGGAUUUCCGAGAGAUGGAGGAUCGUCUCGAGCACCCGGACACGGGAGAGAUGGUGCAGUGGACGGUGUUCCUCAUUUCGUACUGGGGGGAUCAGAUAGGACAGAAAGUGAAGAAGAUUUGCGACUGCUUUCGCACACAGACAUUUGCAUAUCCUGAGAACACAGCUGAAAGAGAGGAGAUUCUCCAGGGACUUCAAGGCAGGAUUGAAGAUAUCAAAUCUGUGUUGUCUCAGACCGAGGCCUUCCUGCAGCAGCUCCUCAUGCGGGCGGUGGCCGUGCUGCCCCAGUGGAAGGUGCGCGUCCAGAAGUGCAAGGCGGUCCAAAUGGUCCUGAACCUCUGCAGUCCCUCCGUCACCGACAAGUGCCUGAUCGCCGAAGCGUGGUGUCCCGUCGCCAAGCUGCCCGAGCUGCAGAGCGCCCUGAGAGAGGGAGGGAGGAAAAGCGGCAGUGGUGUCGACUCCUUCUACAACCGCUUGCCUUCAUCUACCUCUCCGCCGACCCUGUUUCCUCUCAACUCUUUCACCGCUGGUUUCCAGAACAUCGUGGAUGCCUACGGAGUGGCGAGCUACCGGGAAGUCAAUCCAGCCGUGUACACCAUAAUUACAUUCCCCUUCCUGUUUGCGGUCAUGUUCGGGGAUGUGGGUCAUGGUGUGCUGAUGACUCUGGCUGGGCUUUGGAUGGUUCUCGAGGAGAAAGACCCCAAGCUGAGAAGAAGCAAUAAUGAGAUCUGGAAGAUGAUGUUUGGCGGUCGAUAUCUGAUUCUGCUGAUGGGACUGUUCUCCAUCUACACGGGAGCCAUUUACAACGAGUGCUUCAGUCGGGGCCUCAACAUCUUCAGCUCAGGAUGGCACGUCGGUCCGAUGUUUGAGAAAAACAUUUGGAAUGCAUCCGUCCUGGCAGGAAGCAAGUUUUUGUCAAUGGAUCCUGUUGUGCCCGGUGUCUUUACCAGUCCUUAUCCAUUUGGCAUUGACCCGAUUUGGGGUUUGGCCAAUAACAAGCUAACCUUCCUCAACUCCUACAAGAUGAAGAUGUCUGUUAUUAUCGGCGUUAUCCACAUGACUUUUGGAGUUUGUCUGUCCUUCUUCAACUACGUGCACUUUGGCAAGUUAAGCAGCGUGUUCCUGGUGCUGAUCCCAGAGCUGCUAUUCAUGUUGUGUCUGUUCGGAUACCUUGUCUUCAUGGUGGUCUUCAAGUGGAUCGCUUACACUCCCGCCCAGUCCAAAGUGGCCCCCAGUAUACUCAUCCAUUUUAUAGACAUGUUCCUCUUCACAGAAAAUGAAGACAACCCACCACUAUAUAUGGGACAGGGUAUCGCACAGAAAGUGCUGGUUGUGCUGGCGCUCUGCUCCGUUCCCGUCCUUUUGCUCGGGAAACCACUACAGGAAUACUUGACACACAAGGGGAGAAGCCAUCAGUUGCAUUUGCAAGAAGACAGGUGCCCGCUCGUGGUUGACGAAUGCGCCAUCAACGCCCGACACGGGGUCGGCGACGUAGGCGGAGGAGGGUCUGCUGGGGAGGAGGACUUUGAUGCUGCUGACGUGUUCAUGCAUCAGGCCAUCCACACCAUCGAGUACUGCCUGGGCUGUAUUUCCAACACCGCCUCCUACCUGCGACUCUGGGCCCUCAGCCUGGCGCACGCACAGCUGUCAGAGGUGUUGUGGGUGAUGGUGAUGCGGGUUGCCCUGAGGUGGCAGGGCUACGUGGGCUCUGCAGUUCUCUUUGUAGUCUUUGCCUUUUUUGCGUUGUUGACCAUCUCCAUCCUGCUAAUUAUGGAGGGGCUCUCAGCUUUCCUGCACGCGCUCCGUCUGCACUGGGUGGAGUUCCAGAACAAGUUCUACAGUGGCUCAGGCUACAAGCUGCACCCGUUCUCUUUCUCAUCUCUGAUCAAUGCUUCACCUGCCAUAUGAUCAUCAUCCUGGCCAAAGAAUUCACUGAAAUUGCAACUUUAUUCGUUUAUUUACCUCAUCGACAUCUUGGACUGCAGCAGACUAACCCAACAGUGUUCUGUGGACUGAGGCUAUGUAACAGUUUAAUUGCACAAUGAACAUGAUGGUAUGGACUGCGAGGGCAUCAUGAGAAUGAUAUCCAAGAAUUAGUUGCAAUAUAUAAAAAA